CACAACAAUGCAACAAUGUCGUAUUAAUGCCAGUGGUUGGAAUGUCAGCAAAGCGAGCUGUAACAUCAUUUUACAGUGAAAAAUGGACUGGACGUAGAAUCUGAAAGAUGUCGAAAAAGCGUGUGCAACUUAAGGAUCGUAUACUCGAUAACGUUGCGAAAGCAAUCAAAGAGGUGCAACGAUCUUACUUUAGCCAAGACACGGAUGAUGUCACUCCUAUUACGGAUGAAGACAGACCGUUCCAGAGACUUGUGGAGCAUAUUGACCAUGCAUUCCUACAUGGGUUGCGUGUCAUCACAGCAGGGUACUGGGGAGUGGUGCAGAAGUUCACGCACAAGGAUAUCAUUUCCGACAUAAUGGCUCUCAAUCGCCUGGCAACGGAUUUUGGACGAGGUCGUGCUUGGCUUUACCUUUCUUUGAAAGAGACAUCGUUGGAGAGCUAUAUUAGAUGUAUCCUUGACAACCCUAAGCUGGUACAAUCAUACUACCUUGAGGAUGCCAUUCUGCGAGACCAACAACGACUGAUCCUUUUGCAAACAUUGGUGUCAGGAUUGGAUUUUGUUCAGUUUGACCCUGAAUUGAAUAAUGCUUACUUAGAUUUAGUAAGCCACAUGCCAAGGUCAGCAACUAAAUUUGAAGAACAAAAUGAAGAAAAUUAUUUCAACUAUGACAGUAUAUCAGUUGGCAGCAGUGAAUCCGCUUCCCUAACUAACACCGAUAUGACAGACAAUGUUGAGAAAGAGAAUUUAACCAGUGACGUGAAAGGUAUUGAAUGUAGCGGAGAAACUGUUGUUAAUGAAAGUUUGGAGACGCACAGUACAAAAGAGGAUGACACCUCUACAACAAGUAGUCAAGAAAUUCUCAGAUCAUUUUCAAGGGAUGAGAAUGAUGGAGCUACUAACAAAGAAAAAACAAAUGAAAGUAUUUUUAAAGUGCAUGAGAAUCCACUAGAAAAAGUGAGAGGAAGUUUAUCUGUUGAAAAACCAAAAGAAAGUCUAAGUGUCUUACUUGGAAAAGUUGAUUCUAGUCUUGAAAGGCCAGACUUGACAAUAGAAAGUGAACUAAGAACACCUGAACAGGAGUCAAUUGGUGACCUUAAUGAUAGCCUUGAAGUAAUUCAUAUUUUUGAAAAAAAGAGUAAAAAAGCAAAACGUAAGAAAAGGAAAACAUCAAAAACAAUACCACCAAUAAUAAACAAAGAAAAACAUGAGUCGGUGAGUUUGAAUUCUGAAGAGGGCACUGUUAGUAUAACAAGUGAAGAUAGCUGGUCCAGUAGCCACGGAACUCCUAGAUCUUACAAUGAUAAUCAGAGCUUCUCUUCAAUUGGAGAGUCUAUACGUUCUGAAGAUCUUUUGAAUAGCUCUCCACUUCCUCAGAGUGAAAAUCCUUCCCCAAAUAUUUUUAAAGACUUGACGAAGAAUGAAAAUACUUUAGUUGGACACUUAGUUUCACCUUAUGUAAUUAUGGUGCAGGAAGACUCAAUAAUAAAGUCACCAAGUACAAAUUUACAAAAUAGUAGUACUAGAGAAAAUUACAAUAUUAUUUAUGAACCAGAUUUAGAAAAGGUGCUUACCAGAAAUUUAAGCAAAGAUUCUAUUAUUAAAACAUAUGAAAAGAUUACUUCAGAUGAGACUAUUCAUGUACAAAAGAAUAAGUCAUUUGAAAUUGAUUUUGAACACCAGUUGGGAGAAGGUUUGAGCCAAAAUGAAAUUGCAGAUGCCAAUGGAAGUAAUCUAGCAAUUGUUGUCAAUGAUGUUGAAAUUGAUAGUGACUACUGUCAAGAACAAAGAUCAAAACCAGAUGGUGCAGAUACAUCAUUUGAGGAAGUGGUUGAAACUUCAUUACUGCAGGAUGUAGAUAAAAGUCUUCAUGAUGGCAGUUAUGAGAGUCUGUUCACAAGUUCAGUUUCUCAGAAAAUUGAUGAGGCAGACAAACCUUCAUUAAAGUCAUCUGAGAGUGCAGCAUCACUCUGCCCAGAAGGAAGCUCUAUGUCACAGAGCCUCUCUGAUAAAGAGUCACUGCAAGACUCCAUGUCCAGAACAAGCAUUGAUAAUGGAUCGAGUAUAGUAGAACCUUGUGAUGAAAACAGUGAGUGUGAAAGAACUGCAUCCACUCAUGAUACCUCAAUAGCUUCAAAUCCAGUUAGCAUGCAGCCAGAACCAGAUAUUGAAAUGAAACUUGAUAACAACUGUAAGUUGUUCCUGAUGCUUGAAGUAUUUAAGAACCAGAGUGAAGAAUUUAGGAAGAUGUUUCAUCUAAACACCGGGCAUGGGGAAGGUGAUUUGCAACCGGUCUUUGUACUUUUGACUGAUCAAGCUUUGUACUUAUUAAGGAAAGGUGAUACUGAUUUGAGCUAUACCACGGAAGUGAGAGUUCCAUACAAUGAUUUGGAUUACAUUUCAGUGAGUUUAAAUUACCAAAUUAUUCACAUUGUUUGUGUAAACAGAAGAAAACAGUAUUGGUUAUCAAAUGGCGCUGAAUCAAGCACAAGGUAUUUUUUGGAUGAGCUAAAGCAGGUAAUGAAGGGAGGCAGCAGGACAAAAGGUCUACCAAGCAUACUUACAGAUGCCACGACACAGAAGAUCACGCUGCGCAAGUUUGUUGCUGAGCAGUGUAGAUGUGAGAUGGCAGAUGUCCAAAUUCUCCUGUACUCGUUGAUUCACUGGGAAGACCUAACUGACUCUCUUGCUGCACCUGACCUCCAGCUCUACAGGUCACCUGUGAUUAAGGAGGGCAAGUUGGACUACAAGACCCCUGGUUCUGCUCUAUUCUACGCCUACUGGAAGCCCUGCUAUUGUCUUCUGAAACACGACACCUUCCAUAAGUUUGCUCAGAAGGACGACUUGGAGCCGGAGUUAUCGGUACAAUUAAGGUCAAACCGUUUCGGAGGAUGUAGGCGAAUACGUAAUGGAGACAGGCCACAUGGUUUUGAACUAAUUCUAGAUGAUGGGUCUUCAUUGCAAGUUGCCUGUGAAAACGAAACUGAGGUUUCUGAUUGGCUGCAAGCAAUCUGUACCAUAGUUGCUGAAACUAUGACUGCUAAGAUAGACGGUCGAAGCCCUAUCCUGUGCCAUCCUUGUUGCCUAGUCGUGUCUGAAUCCAAGUUGUUUCUCUGCCACGAAGAAUCUCAGACACAAUUCUACCGGUUACUGGCUAGCUGCAAUAUACUUGAAAUUGCUAGCCUGGCUGUUGAUGACCGGCAGCAGGCUUAUGUCAUAGUUAAAUUUCAGGUAGAAGAUAGUGAGAAUCCAUGGGUGUUGUACUUCACGAGUGCUGCUGAAAAGCAAAAGUUUGAACUCGCAGUAGGAGAAGCAUGGCAGAAAUUAAACCAGGAUGUCUUGCCAAUCUUGCCAGUCAGUGACGAAAAGCUUAAGCAACGAUGCCAAGAAUGUUUUAUAUUGAUUCAGUCAUCAUGGCAACGAAGUGAUAGUCUGCUGAGGGGAAGGAUUGGCGGCAAUAUCUGGUGAAACAAGAAGAAAUAUUUUGGUGCAAGAAAAGCUACUACACAGUAACCCAGGAGUUAUUGCCACCUGUUCAUCUAUGACAUCCGAACCAUAACACAAAUAGGGAUAUAGUUAAUAUAAUUAUUUUCGUCAUAUAAAUCUGUAAAUUCUUAUGUAAACCUUGUUUUAUUUAUUUGGAAACCAAAAAUGUUGCUUUUUAAGUUGUGCCGAGUUGUGCUAAGUUGUGCUUAAUGUGGUCUAUUGAAAGUGGUUACGGCUAAGUAUUAAAAUAUGGCAUUGGCUACAAUCUUCAAUUUCAAUAAAUGGCAAACUUCAAGUAUGUGGAGUGUCUCUUUGACUAGGAAAUUAUUUGGAGGCAAAUGAGUAGUGUUCUUUGAUCUUUCAAUUUAAUAUUAAUGGACAUUUGUUUUAAUUAUUAUUGUCAAUAUAUAGUAAAAUAUUUUUGAAAAUUUUUUAGAAGUUAAGCUAAUUUGUAGUUUGAACUGUGCAUACCUGUAUCCAAGGUCAGUCAACAUAAACUUAUGUUGUGAUGGGCAUGUGGAGUUUUAACUACGAAUUGGGUCAAUAUUCAGGUCAUCACAAUUCAUUGCAUCUACCCAAUCAACUUUAAGAUUUGAUUUAAAAAAGUCAUGCAUGCAUUUGUAUACAUUUAGUACAGCACAUCAAUGCAAGUUUAUUUUAUUUAUAAAUUUGUUGAGCUUUCUAAUUUAUUGUUUGUAACAUUGCUAUGGUGGUUGUUACAUUUGUUGUUAUUGCAAUACAAUAUUAAGGAUUAAUGUUAUUAGGGAAUAUUUUUUUAUUAUUAUUAUUAGUAUUAAUUAUUAUUAUUAUUAUUAUUAUUAUUAUUAUUAUUUCUAUUAUAAUUAAUACUGUACAAUAGCAUGACUGAUACAAUGAUUAAAAUUAAGUUACCCAAAAUCCACAUCACCAUCCCACAUAUUCUGUUCUAAGGGUCAUAACCUUUUAGAUCAUGGCAUAUGUCCAUUAGCAGACAGACAAUAUUGAGAAUUAACCAUCAGAGAGUGGAAAGCUAUUACCAUAGCAAUAACUAUUUUGCCAUUGUGAUGUUCAAGCGCUAUUGUCCCCUUGGCGAUGCUGGGAUGAAUGUAACAGAGAUCUUCACUUAAGCUACGCUGGGCAUUUUUUUUCAAUUUAAUUUGUUGCCACUGCUGUGAACCUUAUGGCAGAGAAAGAGAUCAGGGAUGAGCUCACAAGGUCAUAAACUUAUUUUGGGUAUAAGUUUGGUUCAACAACAUUUUCAAUUGACCUUUGACCUACAGCAUUAUAAAUGCAUGAAUUAUAGAGAAAUACAUUAUGUUGUAAUCAUGUCAUUAGAAUAUUUCUCCAUGUUCAGUAUGUUGUUCUGAUGCGUAAAAGUGUUAGUCUUAUUCAAUGUGUUAGGAGAAAGGAAUUAUGAAAUGACACAGUAUUAUGAUUUUGAUCAUGUUUUAAUACAGAUGUUAUUGCAAUUAUGUUGAAUAUGCAGUAGUUCAUUAUGUAAGUAAUGCAUGUUUUUAAUUCAAGUUCAUUAUAGUCAGUCACAUUAUAUGUGUAGAUUAUUUAAAACAUUUUUGCUAUAUCACUCAAGUAUGCAUGAGGUUACAUUAAUACUACUAAACCAUAGUCUACAUUGGACCUACCAUAGGGGUACUAUGGUGAACUAUAAUACCUCCAUAAACCUAUACAUGGUUAAUACACCAUCCCCAACCCUCCCACAUGAAUUCAGUCUCUCUCUAUCACUCUUUCUAUGAAUUUUUUUUUUUUUAAUGAAUUUGAUGCACUCUGGGUCAGAUUCCCAUAACCUGGGGCAGAAAUCCCAAGUAAAUUCAUCCCCAGGAGGUCAAAUUCAGUUUCAGCUAGCCUGGAGUGCAAACUUCCAACAUGGAUGGCUAAAUUCACUAAGGAUUUAGGCUGAGGGGAUUAAAUUCAAGAGUGAUGGGUAAUAAAUCCAUGUGACACCAGUAUGGUUCAUUUCCAAAAAAACAUCCAGGCAAUACCUGUCAUUUGAAGACUCGUUGCAAUGGCUUUACAUAAAAAGGUGUGUGAUAGUAAUGUUCUGUAGAGGCAUGCAGAAAAAAAUACAGUAGUUGGAUAAAGACUAUUAACUUCGUCAGACCCAUUUCACCUUCACAAACAUGAUCUAUUAUUUUUUCCCUAUUUUUCUGUGACUGUUGUAAUGUGGUGGUAUGUUACAGUAUGUAAAUUUACAAGUACCAUCACCUGGUUGGCUGUUCCUGCAUCCAGUUCCUGUAUAACUACAUAUAUCUUUUUUAAGAACUUGUUUAUUCACCACCUGUAUGAUUAUUUUUUUCUAAUGUUCGUGCCACCUGCAAUUAAUAAAUUUGAUUUGUGCUUGUUGAGCAAUUUAAUGAAUAUAAAACUACACCUGGAUAUCGGAUAUGACAUCAGAAAUGAAUAAAAGUUUAUUCAUAUA